AUGAAGCAUAUUUGAAUUAUACAAGUUCUUAACUGAAACUCUCCCGAACCAGCAGAAAUCAGCUUUUUCAGAAAAAUUCACAACUAAUUACGUACAUAUCAACUGUCAGCUUGAUCUCUUUUACUGUUUAUUUCCUCCAUAAAAUACGAUUAGAUUUCCCUCCAAAAUUAGAGAGAGGAAAACAACAUAAAGAACCGUCCCGGCAUUAAAAAUUUUCAUUUUAUCCCCUGCAGCUGAUUGCCUGAUACGGUUACAUAUAGGUAUAAAACACCUCGAAUUGCACCCAAUGGAUGAGGAUAAGGAUCAAGAUCGUCACUCAGAUCUGGACUCUGUUUCCUCCCCCCUUCUUCUUCGCAACCCAACACGCCAUUAGAACAAUUUUUCUUCAUAUACAGACGCCUUAACUAACCUUCCCACCUUUGGGUUCAAACCCCCCUCAACACCAAAACACCUUUAAAUACCAACCAAAAACUCUUCCUUGUCAUCCCUCCCUUCAAAAAAUUGAUCUUUCUCCUGCUCCUCACGUAUAUUAAUGGCGACCAACGGCGAAGUUCUCUUCCUCAACACCACCACCGACGGGAAGGCCUUUGCAUCAAAAGACCAUCUCUGCCACGACGACAGCUCGCCUGUCGUCAAAGCUCAAACCAUCGACGAGCUCCAUUCCCUUCAAAAAAAGAAAUCCGUUCCAACCACACCAAAAACUCAUAACCCUGACGAAGAUCUCCAAAAGCUUCAUCUCCAAUCCAUAAGCGCUUCUCUCGCUUCCCUAACACGCGAGACGGGACCCAAAGUCAAAUCCGUCAAACAGCAACUCGACUACCUAACCCCCGCAUCGCUCAGCACCAGCGAUAGCGCCCUCAAAUUCACCCACAUCCUCUAUAAUCUCUCCCCCGCCGAGCUCUACGAGCACGCCAUUAAGCACGAGAAAGGCUCCUUUAUAACCUCAAGUGGCGCCAUCGCCACCCUCUCGGGAGCUAAAACGGGCCGCUCGCCAAAAGACAAGAGAGUGGUCAAGGACGAGACUACAGCGGCCGAGCUCUGGUGGGGCAAUGGCUCCCCCAAUAUUGAAAUGGACGAACACACUUUCCUCGUUAAUCGCGAAAGAGCCGUUGAUUAUCUAAAUUCACUGGAAACUGUAUUUGUUAACGACCAAUUUCUUAAUUGGGAUAGUAACAAUCGCAUCAAAGUCCGAAUCGUCUCUGCCCGAGCCUACCACUCCCUCUUCAUGCACAACAUGUGCAUCCGGCCCACACUCGAAGACUUACAAAAUUUCGGCACUCCGGAUUUCACCAUUUAUAACGCCGGUCAGUUCCCCUGCAACCGAUACACAAAUUAUAUGACUUCAUCAACAACCAUAAACCUCAAUCUAUGCCGGCGUGAAAUGGUCAUUCUCGGCACACAAUACGCCGGCGAGAUGAAAAAGGGCCUUUUUAGCUUAAUGCACUAUCUAAUGCCUCAAAGAGGCAUCCUUUCCCUGCACUCCGGAUGCAAUAUGGGAAGAAUCGGCGACGUCGCCCUCUUCUUCGGAUUAUCCGGCACCGGAAAAACAACUCUUUCCACCGACCACAACCGUUUCCUCAUCGGCGACGACGAACAUUGCUGGAGCGACGCCGGAGUUUCGAACAUUGAAGGCGGCUGCUACGCCAAGUGUCUCGAUCUUUCGCCGGAGAAAGAACCUGAUAUAUUCAACGCGAUUAAAUUCGGCACCGUGCUCGAAAACGUCGUGUUCGACGAGCACAGCCGUGAGGUCGAUUACGCCGAUAAAUCCGUCACAGAGAACACUCGCGCAUCUUACCCGAUUGAGUACAUCCCAAAUGCCAAAAUCCCCUGCGUCGGUCCCCACCCGACGAACGUUAUUCUCCUCGCCUGCGACGCUUUCGGUGUUCUCCCUCCGGUGAGCAAGCUAACUCUCGCACAAACAAUGUACCAUUUCAUCAGCGGCUACACGGCGUUGGUUGCCGGGACUGAGGACGGAAUCAAAGAGCCGCAAGCCACGUUCUCCGCUUGUUUCGGCGCGGCCUUCAUUAUGCUUCACCCGACUAAAUACGCGGCCAUGUUGGCCGACAAGAUGCGCAAAUACGGCACCACGGCGUGGCUCGUCAAUACCGGUUGGUGUGGUGGAAGGUAUGGAGUGGGAAGCCGUAUUAAACUGGUUAACACUCGUAGGAUUAUUGAUGCAAUUCACUCUGGGAGCCUUUUGAAUGCGGAGUAUAAGAAGACGGAGGUGUUCGGGUUGGAGAUUCCGGCGGCGGUUGAUGGAGUGCCGUCGGAGAUUCUUGAUCCGAUGAAUGCUUGGGAUGAUAAGGAGGCUUACAGAGAAACUUUGAAGAAGCUGGCUGGCUUGUUUAAGAAGAACUUUGAGGUGUUUGCUAACUAUUCUGUCGGUGGAGAAUCGAAGCUGACAGAGGAGAUUCUUGCUGCUGGUCCUAUUUUUUAA